ACUGUAAACAUGAGGGGUCGCCGUUUCAACAGUCGCUGUCGUUUUCCUAAAGUUUAUCGACGAAUUAACCUAAAGGAAAAUAUGUAGGAACACUUUUCAAUAUGGAUUUUUAGGAACGAUAUAUGUUCGUCAAAAUGGUGCCAGUUGUGAAAGAAGUAGUGUUUAAUACCAACAAAAGUUUUCGACCGGAAAAAGGGGAAAAGUUAAAACAGCUGAGCUAAAUAUUAUUUGAUCAACUUCAAGUGAAAAGAAUGACGACUAUCGCUAACCACCGAGAAAAUGUGGCCUUCUUGGAGAAGGGAAUAAAGUCUCUUAGAAGAUCACGGUUGAUGCAGGUGCGCGAGUUCAAGGAUAUGUUCAGUAUGAUAGAACAUCACCACAGGGACAUCAGACUGGCACACCUCACUGGCAAAGCCAAGGAUCUCAUUGAACAUGAUCAGCAAGACACAAAGUUUUUCAAUAUUCUUGUUCAUAUGCUGGGAGAAGUUAGCAUGAUUGAGAGUCACCAGCAGCAAAAACAGGACCUUCAAAAAGUUCACAGCUGGUUCAUGGCUAAUAAACAGACUUUACAUUCUGCCCCUAUUUUUGGACGAGCUAAAAAGCAGUUGGCCACCCAAGGUAUCUUGCGUAUAGACCCAAGGACAGGAUCAAUGAGACCAUACAGUGGAAGUACUGGCAGUGCUAGAAGUCGGAGAAACAAGGCUGUACAGCUCAUGGAAGUGGAACAAUUUGAAUCACCUAGGCUACAGUCCCCUCCACAGCUGAAUAGAGAAAAGAUAACCCAGGGAAAGCCACUGAAGGCAACAGCACCUAGCAAAGAAAAAAUACAAGAUGAGAAUAUUGCUCCAGCUGCCUUACCAGCCACUGAAGUGCCAAAUAAUACACCACCUGCCAGUACAGAAACCAAGCCAAUCCCUCAACCUCCCCCUGCCCCCAGAGAAGAUGUCACUGUGCCUCCCAGAAUGGUGCACCCGGUGGCAGCCUUAGUCAAUCCCCAUGUUGUGCAAUUAAGUGAACAUCACCCCUCCACACCUCAGCCUCAUUUUGACAUUGACCAAAUGUCUGAUGUCAGUAGUCCCGUGAAAAUAAGAGUAGAAUCUAAUCCAGUAAAGGAAAAGAAAAAGAAAGGGAAAGAUAAUCUGUCUUCUGGUCAGUUAUCGCCAGAUAGGGCUAGGACGCCAUUAGAGGAGCGCAAUGCCAGACUGAGAUCAUGGAAUGAAUUCCAGCAGGACCAGACUUAUGGACAGGAGAUGCUAGGUAACCUCCAGUUUAUUGGUCGUGGGGGUCAGCCCCAGGGGGUUCGUUACGCAGCGCAUGACCUCGGUGAGACCCCAGAGGAGUACACGAAGGAUAUUGUUGUGGGAUAUUCCAGACUGCAUGGCACAGGUCCAGCACCAGGCAUUGACCCGAAAAUGCUGGUGUCCAAAACUACAGAAGAGUUCUAUCAGCUGGCCGAGGGGUACUACCCAGACACACCCAAAUACCCCUCUUCUGUGGUGGCUGCAACGAGGCCAAAGUCCACUCCUCCAGGGGCCAAGAGGUCAGCCUCUGUUAUGACCAAUUUUGGUGCCAUGAGGAGUAGAGCAGCCACGCCAAAGAAUAGGUCAAAGUCUGCCCUUGGUGCGGUCAGCCUCCAACAUGUGAUGCCUGACACUCCUCCUGAGCCCAAACCAAGACUGGACGUCAAACUGGACACUGUGGUCAACCUCAUAGACUCCGUCACUGAUGACUUGAAUUAUUACAAAGAAAAGCUGACCCCUGAACCUUUAAAUGGCUUCCGCCCACCAACCGCUGUAGUUGUCGCUAGUCGUCCAAACACUGCCGUACCUUUCAUGAGGUCCAACCCACCUACUAGUCCACAAUCUGAGAGGAAUGAUGAAUCUCCAAGAGAGGAGGACUCUGAGUGGACUGUCCACUUCAGUCGACCACAGCCGCCGCCCGCUGUCCAGAACCCUGUCAUGCAGGCAAUAGACUGGAGGGGGAGAAUCACUCCAGACACCACAAGAUACAAAUGGGCCACCACAAGUUUUGGAGGCCACACUUACAUGAAGAAGUUGAAGCAGAAGAUAUCUCACAGGUCAGCAGGGAGUACGUCUGCUGGAAAAAGGCCCAAGACAGCCCCAAUGACAGUCAGGGAGAAGUGGAAUACGGAUAAGCCUAGUGAUGACAAUUCUCGGAUAGCUCAGGCGGCCAGCAACACCGUGACCCAGGUUGACCCCUCAGUGGUCUCCUCCAUGGUGAAAGUACACAACCUGGGAUCAGGAAAUCCAAGUAAAUUACCAAAAAUUAAGAGGGUCCGAAUUGUCAGACCAGGAGAACCAGAAGAUGAUAUACUGUCCAAAGUCAAACAGGUUCAUCACAAAGUGACCCUGUUCUCUCCAGAAGGUGGCAGCAGUACUCCUUCAUUCAGAGCAGACUAUCCUCCUCCAGGUUCUAAAGACAUGGAAUUCCUCUCUCUUGUGGCCCCCAGAUCAAUCCUAAUACCCCCAAAGAAAGAUGGUCACAUGGAAAGCAUGGUCACCACACCCCGCGACGUCAAUCUUCCCGUUCCCCUGCACUCUGCUGCGGGGGACUCCCCCAGCAUCUCCAGUGCACAUGUAUCUCAGAAAUACUAUGGCUACAAGGGCAGUGACUCCAACAUGGGAGAUGGUGACAGGCCUGAUACCAUGCUGAAGAGUUUAGAUAUGGAUCUUAUUAAUCGGUUACAGGAUGGUUAUAAAGGAGAUGACCAAGAACUCAUUAAUGAAGACCAAAGUGACCAACCUGACCACCUAGAGGAGGACGAGGGUGACCAGAAUGACCCCUUUGACCACAUGGACAGUGCCAGUGAUAUUUCAUCUCUGGGCAAGCCUCCCAGUAUCACAGGGGAGAGGGAGGAGGUGAAUGAGGAAGAGAAAAAGGAAGACAAAGCUGACAAAGAAGAAGGACUUGAAACUAAGGAAACUAAGGAAGAAAAUGAAUCCCUCAUCAACGCCAAGCAAAGACUAGAAUCUAAAUACCACCUGACCAUCUCCAAUCCAUGGUCAUUUGCCCCAGACGUGGAUUUUGAAAAUAUCAACUUUGAGGAAUACAUGAAGGGCAACUUGCCAGACCCAGAGAAACUGAUCCAUGGAGAACACUGGUUAACUGCAAUACAGAAACCCGAGAACUAUUGCGGGGAUUGUCGACCUCAUACGGCUCCACCGAGUAAACCCAAAACCAGGGGAAUUGACGCCAAGGCGGAGGAACUGGAAAAUUUACUCCGUAUUCACGGUGCUCAAUUCCAAAGACUACAGAAUCUUCAGCACAUGCAGCAACAGAAGAAAAAGAGGUUGUUAUCAGCCCCUACCAGAACCCCUCCCUCCAUUCCCAGCCCCCAAAAUCACCCCCUGGGUGGCAGGACCCCCCGAGGAGCAAGCAGGAGUAGCUCCUAUCUAGCUGAGCUGGAGCAUCAUGCCAGAACAUUGAAGAGUCCCCGAAGGUUCAUGGAGAAAAACCUGUUGAACACUGCUAAGAAGAUCAUCAAUUUACGUCAAGCAGACACAGAAAGGUCUCAAGCAAAUUUGGGUCAUGCAAGCAACCCCCAGGAACUCCAGUCAGCAUUGACUGUUCUGAGACUAAACUCCAGAACUUCAUCAAGUCAGCCAACACCAGUACCUCUGAAAGACGCUUAUGAUCUGUUUGAUGAGUUCGAAGAAGUGUGUCAGGCCAAUCAAAUUGCAUUGGAUGAUGCAGAUAGCAAGUCUCAGCCAGAGAUGCCUCAGAGAGACCCAGAUCUACCAGGUUAUGAUGGUUAUACAAAUAGUAAAGGAAGCCCCAGCAUUUCAAGCUCAUCAACCUCUGAAGGAAUUAGAAAGGAACUGGACAUCUUUGGAUCAUCUGACCAGCUCAGUGUUAAAGAUUCCGAAUAUGCAGCGGACAUCUCCAAUUCUGACACAGUCACAGAGAAGAUGACAUCAAAUUCAGUCACAAGUAAUGACACCCCUGUUGGUCCACCAAUAAGUGUCACCAUUGUCACAAGUCCUAGACAUAAAACAGGGGACACAGGGGAUACUGAGGAACCACAAGAGGACAAGGAUGAUAAAGAGGAUGACGCAGUUUUUGUGUCAAACACUGGGGAAAGGGAACCCUCCAAAGCAGGACGCCCAAUUCCAGAGCAUUUUCAACCAACUGAUCCUGAUGCAUUGGAAGAAGCAGUCAAGAGACAGCAGGAAGCCAAUGCUGCUGUAGACAUCCAGAGUGUCACCAUUGUCACAAGUCCUAGACAUAAAACAGGGGACACAGGGGAUACUGAGGAACCACAAGAGGACAAGGAUGAUAAAGAGGAUGACGCAGUUUUUGUGUCAAACACUGGGGAAAGGGAACCCUCCAAAGCAGGACGCCCAAUUCCAGAGCAUUUUCAACCAACUGAUCCUGAUGCAUUGGAAGAAGCAGUCAAGAGACAGCAGGAAGCCAAUGCUGCUGUAGACAUCCAGAGAAUUUUCCGAGGCUAUGUGGUGAGGAAGAGCUAUAAAUACCUGAUGAAAGAGGAGAGAGAAAGAAAAGAGGAUGAAAGGAAAGCUGCCAUAGAAAUACAAAGAGCAUACAGGGGGCAUAUAUCCAGGAAGAAAGCUAUUUAUAAUCGAGAGCCCAAUCCUGACACCAUGAUCUGGGCUAAGGAGUUUAAAGCUAAGCAGAUGGAAAAGGCAGCUAUGAGAAUGGUGAAAGCCGAGGAGACAACAAGACA